UGCUUGUCUUGAAAAUAAUAACAUUAACAGCCAUUACAAUUUUUCUUGUUUAAAUAUGAAGAUUUAAUAUAGAUCUACAUGGCUUUGAUUUGUCGCUUUAAAGUAAAACAAUGGAUUUAUCGAUUAUUAAUCAUCAGCAUUAGCUUGCUUAUGAUGUUGUGGCGAAAAAGCAAAGAUUUUGACUUGGCACUGUUAGCUGCAACGUCAUGGCCAAAUGCAUCGGCAUUAGAAACGUCUAAAGACAAUACAAGUCAACACCAAACAUCCAUAAGUGGUACUGAAAGACCGCUAGUAGUUCAGGAACUAUGCCGGACAUUUAAAGUUUCAAAUAUCUCGGGUGAUUGGCAGUUGCGUGGAAAGUUUCUCAUAGAUCGAACUCUUUAUUACUGCGAUAUUCCUAAAUGUGGAUCAGCCUUUAUGGAUCACUUUCUAUCGGGAACUUUUCAGUGCAAUGGAUUGUGUGAUGAAAUUUCUAUUACGUCCAAUGAACUGCGUCUACCUAUGAUUGGUACUUCGUACUCAUUUAUGUUCGUUAGAGAGCCAUAUGCAAGAUUAUUCUCUGCGUAUGAGAAUAAACUGUUCCUUCCAAACAAACACUGGACAAUUAUAGGAACAGACGUUAUCAAAAAAGUAAGACCUCGUGCAUCUUUUGUCAGCAAGAUAUUAGGUCAUGACGUCACAUUCCUUGAAUUAGUUAAAUAUGUACUGAAUUUGUACGAACGUGGAAUUAGACUUAACGAUCAUUUAGCUCCCAUGCAUUUGCAUUGCAAGACUUGUGAGAUCAGAUUUAAUUUCAUAGGAAGGCUAGAAUCAAUGUCAAGCGACCUUGUCGAUUUACUUGAAGACUGGAAAACAAAAGGCAUAGUUUCUAAGAAUAUCUCAUCUGCCAAAGAAAUAGAAGCAAAUAUGGUGUAUAAACGUUCAUUUGGACCAUACAAACACAUGUUUACUAUUUUAAAGCAGUAUGGGGAGGUUCUGUCAAGAUACAAAGCAUUUCAAAGAGCUUGGUCAAGCUAUCAGAUUCGAGGACUUAUUCUCAAGAAAUACAACAUGCCUUUUGCAGAAAAUGACGUUGUAAAUGUAAAUUAUAUUCAGUUCGGAGAUGAAAUUAAAAAGGCUCUUGAUGCAAGCAUGGGACACAAAGACGAACUCAACGCCCAGAGGGAGGAAGCUUUUAUUCAAGCUUAUAGCUCUGUGCCAAUGCACCUAAUGCUGAAGCUCAAAGAAUUCAUGAAACCAGAUUGUUUGUUGUUUGGUUACGAUGACAUGCCAGAAUUAUUAUUUAAUAGAACAAGUUUGCCAAAUUCUGACAGAUUUGAUUAUUUUAAAUGGUUAUAACCUUAUGAUGUUACAUAGAAUUAGGUCUUGGUUUUAUUGAACGAACAUGAUAAACAAUAGAAUUCAAAUUGGUGUCUUGGUUAAAGAAUGAUACGCUCUGUAUUCGUCCAACAAAGACAGACUUCUUGUAUGCAAAAAAGUAAUUCAGUUGAGUGAUUUUGAUUGUUUGACAAAUAUAAAGAAGAUACCGACAAUUAGAGUAAAUGUGUUGGAUUUUAACAAAGAUAUUAAAAAAACGAUUGUUUGUUAUUAUUUGGACCGUUAGACUUCAAAUGCAACUGUAGAUGUUACGAAGAGAUAGCAUCUAAAUUAUGGAAAAAGUGUUUAUAUAUAGCAUUUAAGACCGAGUAUGAUACUACAGUAUAAUUAUGUAAAAUAAGAGAAGAAAAACAAA